UUGCGAGGGCGUAUUGACUGUUGCAGUAGUGUACACAUAGUACACAGUACAUGCGGAACUGCGGAUAUAUCGUGCAUGCACUGUGCAGGAUUUAUACGCCGAAGUAGGGACGUGUUUUCUUUCCACGGAAGCAUUCCUCGGUGGUCUGGGAAAAGGGAAGUUUAGAGGAAAUGUCAUCCAAAAGUUCCAGCGGCAGCGGGUAUGGGGACGAUGGGGUCCGGCCGGCCAAGGGUUUUGCCAGGCGCGGGGCCGUGCGACAGAAAGUCGUGCACGAAGUCCGCAGUCACAAGUUUAUUCCGCGGUUUUUCAAGCAGCCGACAUUUUGCAGCCACUGCAAGGAUUUCAUAUGGGGCUUUGGCAAGCAGGGAUUCCAGUGCAGCAGUAAGUUAACCAUUUUGAACAACUUUCAUUUCACUGGCCUAGAACUGUCCAAGGACAAAUUAUGGCUUGGCUUUGAACCAAACACCUUCCAACGUGACCUCAGUCGACAAGUGUAG